AUGGGUUUGAUUUCUGGGAUUUUCAUGGGGAUGUUAUUCGGCACAACGUUGAUGGUUGGAUGGGCUUGUAUGAUGAGAUACAGAAGUGCCAAGAGAAUGGCUAAGGUCGUGGACAUCAAACUCCUUGGAUCCCUCAGCAGAGAUGAUUUGAAGAGAAUUUAUGGUGAAAAUCUUCCCGAAUGGAUAUCUUUCCGUGUAUACGAGUAG